AUGCUCCAGGAUCUGUCGCUGUGGCAGCUGGUGGAGGAUCAUGUUCCACGCCCAGAACGAGCCGAAGUGAAGAGGAUCCUUGGGGAAGCGGCUGUAGACCUAAGCCUGGAGCUUUGGGAGGAGGUGGUGAUGCUGCGGGAACUGCUUAAAGAUGUGCAAACCUCCCACACCCCUGGCUCCGGUCCUGCCUUAGACCUCUGCUCCCUUCUGGCCCCAUCACCCCGCCAAAAGGACCUCGUGCGCCAGGAGCUGAGGCAGCUGCUCCAAGCUCUCCGCCACAAGGCUAUACGUGAGGGCAGGGACCAGGCCCAAGCUUGGACCCAGUAUAGCCCCAGGGUGGUUCGCUUUGCCUUGGAGGAGCCCAGAUGCAAUUCACCAAAGCAGGAGAUACCUGGAAUGAGAGCUGACAAACCCAGCAGCAGCCACAGGGACCUCAGUGUCAUCAGAGAUCGACUGAAUGUGUCUGACAUUGACCAGGUUGCUGGGCACCUGCGGGGUCUCCUGGAAGACGAGAGUCGAACCUUGGAGAGGGAGAUCUCCAUCCUGCGGGGCUGCUUGGAACAGGAGCACAUGAAGGUUUCCCAGUCCUCCAAAGAUGCCCUGGAACCCACCUUGACAGAACUACAGAAACAGAAGAAGGUCAUGGAAAAGGAUUUGCAGAUCCCUAUGGGGGCCUCCUCUGUUGCCCCUAGCCCUAGGCAGCAGCCGCUGGGCAAGCCCCUCUCCCUGGACACACAAGCCAUGUCCUCCAUUCAGGACCCCAGAUCCAUUUCUUGCCCUCGUGGAAUUGCUGGAGUUUUGUCUGGGCCUCCCCAGUGCCAUCUGCCUACACCUCCUUCAAAGUGCCACCCCAAACCUCGAGGCUUGGCUGCCACCUGCCGCUGGGGACGGCAGCUCCGAUGCAGCGCCAGGAAAGGGCCAGCUCCCCCCGCAGUGUCCGGUGCAGUGCCCCAGGCCCGCACCUGA